GGCGCAGGAUGUCCUGGGAUGAGGAGGCUCUCAGGGAUGUCUGCAACAGUUACUUUAAAAAGAGUUCAGCUAAUACCGUCGAAGCUUUUCCAUUGGCUUUGGAUCUCUGUACGUAGACUGGAAAGGUUAAAGGAAAACAACCACAGCUGUAGGGCCAUGAUCGAUGCCGCUUUUCCUCGCUGGAUUUCGAUGCUGAUCCGCUGGCAAAGACAUUCCGUGGUUUUCUCUUAUUUUCUGUCCAAGCUCCGUUCAAUUUAGUUAAUGAUUCGUCCGGGGAUUAUUCCACGGACGUACAAGGAAUGUCCAUAAAUGAUUUACCCCACCCGAUCUUAGCUUGGGUUUUUGGUAAUAUGGAUGUGGAUAGUAAACUGCGCUUGUACAGGGUUUGCGCGUUGUGGAGGGAGAUUUUGCGGGGAUAUAAGGGCCAACAGCCGGUUAUCCUGGAGUUUGCGCAGAUGUGGCCGAAGACGACUUACCUGCCUGAUCGACCUUUUGUGUACGAUUAUCGCCACCUACCAACUCGUAGCCCUGCUGGACCGUAGCAUUACGACGCAGACCAAAGCGCUGGUGCUAAUAGACUGCCAGCGUUAUCCACCCGGCGACGAUCUCGGACCGAAGAUGGCCGCCGUCAAAACUGUACUAGCCGCUAAAGGAAUUCGUUUGUCCCUGAUUAUCGUGAAGAACGGCUUUGAUGUCACUACAAAAUGGGCAGCGAUGUUUCUGGCCAUUGACGGCCAUAAGGCCGGUAAAAACGUCGACGGCCAGCGAAUGAGCGCUCUGUCCGACGUGAUGAGCGUAUGCGACAAGCUGGUUCUGAUCAACUACAUGGCGUCGAAAUCGGUCAGCGAAUCAGCAGAGAAUCUGAUAUUCUUCUUCGACGACCAGGAUGAGAUUGUACCUAAAGCCCUUACUUCGGCCGGCUGGCGUACCCAUUUUGUCUUCGUCGAUUUGGGUGAGAACAUUCCCUACCUUCGUUUUCGCCGCGAGGAAACAGCGACUGAACAGUAUCUGCGGUUUUUACGCGCUGCCAAGGAUAACUGCCCACCCGUCAGCCUGUAUCUGCAACAGAAGGCCGCAACGAUGUAUGCGCGAUGGGUGAAUAUAGUGGAAUACCCCUAUGGAUGGAUCGGCAUUCGCAAAUUCCUGAAACUGUUCAACAGUCUUCAUCCGGAUGAUAACGCACAGCCAUGGGACACGAUGGAUCUUCGCCAUCUGGAUGUUUCCAUUUUGAACAACUUGACCGUCGCGGCACUGCAUGGAUGCUUCGAUGGCUCAGGCAGGUGAAUGGCGUCGCUGUGUCUCAUUGUGUUUCUUCGUUUUUUGUUCGACACCUUUG